ACUGUCCCGCAUGACGCCCCGUUCCGCUCCGCCCCGGAGCAGGAAGCGCCCCUCCGGAAGCCGGCAGCGGAGGGCGGGAGGCGGCGCGGCGGAGGUGCCCUGCGAGCGGGAGGCCGCCGCCAUGCCCGCCUUCCGGCAGGUCGGGGAGAAGCAGCUGCCGCAGGAGGUCGUCGUCAUGGCGUGGUCCCCCAAGAGGGACCUCAUCGCUCUGGCCAACAGGGCGGGAGAGGUUUUACUUCAUCGGCUUGCAAACUUUCAACGAGUCUGGAGUUUGCCUCCAAAUGAAAAUACAGGAAAAGAAGUGACUGCUCUUGCUUGGAGGCCAGAUGGCAAAAUUUUGGCUUUUGGCCUUAGUGAUACCAAGCGGAUUAUUCUGUGUGAUGUAGAAAAGCCUGAAAGCUUGCACUCCUUCUCAGUGAACUUGUCUAUUACUUAUAUGCAUUGGAUGGAAGUAACUGCAGAGAGCAGCAUUCUCACUUCCUUUUACAAUGCAGAGGAUGAGGCAAAUCUCAUUUUGCCUAAAUUACCAGCACUACCAAAAAAUUAUAGUACCACUGCGAAAAUUUUCAGUGAAGAGAAGUCAGAUGAGAUUAUGAAGCUUCUGGGUGAUGUGAGGCUUAAUGCUCUUGUCCUUGGUGGCAGCUCAGGGUUUAUUGAAAUUUAUGCUUAUGGAAUGUUCAAGAUUGCUACAGUAACUGGGGUGGCAGGUUCUUGUCGUGGACUCUGUUUAUCUAGUGAUCUGAAAUCACUAUCGGUUAUUACACAAAUACAAGACUCUCCUGACAGUGAAGCAGAGAUAACUUAUUUUCAGCUGGACACCAGUCUAUUAUCAAGUUAUUUACCUGAGGUAACUCGAAUGGCCCGAAAGUUUACUCACAUUUCAACACUGUUACAGUAUAUAAACUUGUCAUUGACGUGCAUGUGUGAAGCGUGGGAAGAAAUAUUGAUGCAGAUGGACUCACGGCUAACAAAAUUUGUACAGGAAAAGAAUACAACCACUUCUGUUCAGGAUGAGUUUAUGCAGCUGUUGUUAUGGGGCAAAGCAAGUCUGGAACUGCAGGCAUUAUUAAUGAACCAACUGACAGUAAAGGGUUUAAAAAAGCUCGGUCAGUCCAUAGAGUCCUCCUAUUCCAGUAUACAAAAAUUGGUUAUAAGUCAUUUGCAGAGUGGCUCAGAAGCACUUUUAUACUAUUUGAGUGAGUUGAAAGGAAUGGCUUUAUGGAAACAAAAAUACGAGUCUCUGGGAUUAGAUGCAUCUGGAAUUGAAGAGGCUACUACUGCUGUCGGUUCUUUCAUCCUAAAAGCAAAUGAGCUGCUUCAAGUUAUUGACAGUAGUAUGAAAAACUUCAAAGCAUUUUUUCGAUGGCUGUACGUUGCUAUGUUGAGGAUGUCAGAAGAUCAUGUGCUUCCAGAGCUGAACAAGAUGACUCAAAAAGAUAUCACGUUUGUUGCGGAUUUUCUUACUGAGCAUUUCAAUGAGGCUCCGGAACUUUACAAUCGCAAAGGAAAAUACUUCAAUGUGGAGAGGGUCGGCCAGUACUUGAAAGAUGAAGACGAAGAUCUUGUAUCUCCACCUAAUACAGAAGGAAACCAGUGGUUUCACUUUCUUAAAAGUAGUACUCAUGUUAAAGAAAGUCCACUUUUGUUUCCCUACUAUCCUGAUAAAUCACUGCAUUUUGUCAAAAGGCAGAUGGAAGAAGUCAUUGAUCAGUGUUUACAAAAGCCAGCUGAUGUGAUUGGAAAGUCAGUGCAUCAAGCAUUCUGUGUGUCUCUCUACAAAACUUCCCGAAGUGAAGAUUCCUCACCUCAGUUAUUUAAACUACCAUUUCUGUGGAAUGACAAAACAUCCAACAUACAUUAUGUUCUCUUUACCAUAUUAGAAAGUUCUAUUUCUAAAAUACACAUUUUAAGGAGACAUACAGAUACUUCCAGGUCUGUCGGUAACGGAAUUGUUGCAGUGGAGUUUGGAAACUUCUUGAACAACACUAUAAAUGAGAGCUCAGACUCCAGGUGCUACAGUUGUUUAGAUGCACAUUUUUAUGAUGAUGAAACUGUAACUGUAGUUCUGAAGGAGAGUGUGGAACAAGAGGGGAAGGAGAGAAUCUUGGCCCAGCUGCCUUUAUCUUCGGUAUACACAAAUGAGGAUCAAGAAGUGGAAUUCAUCUGGGAUUCUAGUAAAAGUUUGGCUGAGCAAAGUGAUGAGAUAGCAACACGUACUGUCUUCUUGGACAACCAGUGGAGAGUGCUGGAGAACAUGAAAGCUCAGUAUGUUGCUGUAAAUGGUAUUAGAAAAGUUUCCUGUGUGCUAAGUUCAAAUCUUCGUCAUGUGAGAGUGUUUGAGAUGGAUGUAGAGGAUGAUGGAGAAGUUGAAGAAGAGGAAGAAGAAGAAACAACUCAGAUUGCAGCUGGGGAACCUGAAGAGCUGAAUCGCUCUGUGGAUAACGAAGACAACGUGUGUGGUGCAUCAGCUGGAGAACUACCUGAUGAAAGUGAAGAAAAUGAAUCAAACCUGGGUCUUUGACACAGGUUUUCCCUGGUAAAGGGAAAAGACUGAAAUCCAGCUUCUGGUUACUGAGAUGAUGUUUGCCAUACCUACCCUGCAGCGUUAACAUGUUGUGUGUUCUGUAUUACUUCUUAACAAAGACCAACUAUGUUCUAGAAUAUACAAGCUUGACUUUUUUUUCUUGGCACAGUGAUUUGGUAGGGACUGUUUCUUGCAGAGGUUUUCUAUUUGCAGUUUUUUGUAGGUGUAGGAAAAAUACUAACUGAAGUUUUUUAUGGUUAACCUAAUCAGUUCUGAAUACUGUUCUGAAGAUAAAAUGAGCGUGUAUGUGAAAACAACAAAACCCUAAUUUUUGAAGACCAAAACCACCUCCCCUUGUUAGACUUUGUGUUCUACUAAGGGGUACAGAAACUUCUUUUAUAGCUACACUUCAAGUGUAGCUAUAGAGAACAACAGGCUUGCAGACCAGCAUAAAACUAGCUGGACACGAAAAGUUAGCAGCUGUUACUUAAAUACUUUUAAAAAGCUAUUCUGAUAAAAAUCUGUGUCCUCAGUAAUACAGUAUUUGUUCAGUCUGUGCAGUUCUUUAGUUCUGAGUACAAUGUGUGUGUUUUGUCAGAAACCUCAGCCUGCCUAGUUUGUGUAAAAUUGCUCCUGUAUUUUUCCUCCUGCUGUUUUUUUUUUUUUUUUGUAACAAGAAGUUAAAAGAGAAUAUUUUUUUAAUUUGAUGUGGCAUUGUGUGUCUUGUCAGGCUUCAGCAGGACUAUGUUGCUUGCUAAUUUAUAUAUUGUUGUAGGAGUGGUGCAGUGCUAGCACUAAAAGCUGGAGGUGGCAUCUGGAAAUCUGACAUCUUUUCUUGUUGCCUAGUGGCUGGCUUGAGCCCUUAACUAUAUCAUCUCUUUUAAUGAACAAUGCUGCUAAAUGCACAAUCUUCCUUUUGGAACAGCAUGUGUAUUUUUUAUUUCUAAAAAGAUCCAGGUCUUAUACAUGUGCUCCGUUCUAUAUUUCAAAAACAGAUCAGUCUUCUCAAACUGCUGUUUGGCACUGCAGAAGUCACGUGUUAGAUUCAUCCUCUUGUUUUGAAAUAUGCCAUUUUUAAGUCACUUUUUUUUUUUUUGAGUGCACUUCUUGAGAUUUUUAGUUUGUUUGUUUGAGGGAGACUUGUUGUUUGUAACUGUCCUAGAAAGCUGCUGGCUGUUCAGUGCUCUCAUCUUACAAAUGGUUGAAGGCACAAGGAAGGUGUGGAACAGGAGGGGCAGGAAUGCCUAUUCACGUGUGCCGUGCAUUUUCCACGUAGAUCAGUUGUUCUUGAUGAGAAAUUGCUGCAACUACCGAACCAAUUCAAGUCAAGCUUGGCCUUAAAGUUCUCCUGGAAAUUUUUGCCUUUGAAUUUGCUUUAAGAAUUGUCACGCUGGAGUGCUUGGAAACAAUUGUUUUGCUGUGUUUUCUGCUAAGUAGCGUUGGUCUACCAGCAUAUGAAAAUGUGGUCUGCCCUGCCCACAAUUUCUAAAUUUGUGUUAAUAAUAACUGUGUCCUAUUUCACAGGGAUGUGUUCUUUAGAAAUCUCUCUGGGCUUGAUCUGUGGGCCAUUCUAGUCAUUGAGUGAAUGAUAACUUUGUUUCUGGCUUGAAAAAGUACAUACACACUUUCUGCUUUUCCCAGCAACAUGGUACAAAUGUACAGUUUGAGUCAGUGCUUCUGAAUGUCUUGCUGUUUCCUUCUGUCUUAAUUUUGCUAUCUUAUUUCUAUAAUAGUAAAUGCAUCAGCAAUAUGCUUAUGUAUCUUUUCAAAGGAAAACAUUUGAUCUAGUUUUUGAGGAUUUUGAUGGUGUCUGGACCUGCUGGGACUCGCUUCUCACUCCUCAUCUUUUUUUUUUUUUUUUUUUUAAUGCUAACGGAAUGGUCUUUCAGCCUUUUUCUGCUGCAAAUGAGUUCUUAUUCUUUCUUGAUAGCAUUGCAGUAUGUAUAUAUUUUAUAUAUAUAUAUUUUUUUUUUCUCAGCCAUGCACCCAUAGUUUGCUCUUUGUAAUACUAAUCUUUAGAUCCAUUAAGAGUCAGCUACAGCUGCUGCUUUUAAGUCUGCUUCUUUUUCAUGUGUGGUGUUUCUAACUAUUUUGAAGAUUUCUUGCAUCUUCUAUUCUUCCGCCAUUUGGUUUGUGUAGUCCCCUUUCUGGACCUUUGGUCUGUGCUUUUUCUGCCUGAUCUCUGCCUAAUGUGCAACCUUUUGCACUGCCAAGUUUCUCUUGCACUCUCAGCAGUUAGUGCUGCUUUGCUUCACAAUCUGUGCGUGCCGUGAUCUGUUUGUGGCACUGUUUCCUCCCACUUCUGUGGAUUUGAUUGCUCAGUCACAUCUGGCUUCAUAUGUGACCACUUGAGCUGUUCACACAGACAGGAAGUAUGUAGAGAAAUACUGAACAUAGACUUGAUUUAGUUAACUAAUUCUUUUAAGCAGACCAGGAAAGAGAGUGUAUUUCUGUAGCAUUAUCUGCACUUGUUCCUAUUGUUUCUUAUUCUGAAAAAACAAGGGUUUUGCUUGUUUGUUUAAGACAGUAUGUAAGCUUCAACAAAAUGGAAAAGCCAUGUCGGUAAGCAUUUAAGUUCUACGUUAAGUUUCUGUAGUCAGAGUUGGCUCGUGUUGUUGCAUUCUGCAGUAAUAGGUACCUUAAAUGAGCAAUUGCUUUUGCAGGUGACUCUCAUUUCUUGCUUUAGGUGAAGAGCCAGCUUAACUUGUGUCAUGAAGCAAAGGCACAAGGUCAAAACAGUCAAAGAAUGACAUUUUGGAGAGGGGAAGAAAGACUUCAGCAAUCCAUUCAUAAGGAGAUGCAUAUGAAUGAAGAGAGCGUUUGAAUUUUCAUAGUGUGAGCUUCAAGGAAGGAGAUGCAAAGUGACCUAAUGAUCUCUAAGGAGAAUGCUGCCAUGGAAGAAGGGGGAAAAAAAAAGAAAAACAAACAAACAAACAAAAAAACCCAAAACCACUAGGAAACUCUGGGAUAAAAAGAAAUGAAAUGCCCCUUGUAGGUGAAUAAAGUGCAUUCAGCUGUACCUUCAGGUUGAAUAAUAGAGCUGCUAGCAAAUCAGUCGGUAAACGAUUGGUGCCAGCAAAGCCCACGGUUGAAGUUACAAUGGGAUAUAAAUAUGUGGGUGUUCUGGCAUUCUUCCCCCAGGGGGUAUUGUACAGCUACUGCUACCUGGCUGUCUUACAACUGUGUGCAAAUGAUGUAAUCAUGCCUGCUACUGUGAAUCAGAAGACCUUGGGUGGUUUUUUUUGUUUGUUUUUGUUUUUGCAGUUCCCACAAUUAACUUAGUAGAUAAAGAAUCCUAUCAGUUUUCCUUCUUACAUAUCUCACUAAGAACCCUACCUCCUAGGGUGAAUUUAUCCUAGCAAAGAGAAAAAAACUACUUAGGACCUACUCUAGGAAGUAGAAGACCCUAUUUUUAAGUCUGUAUUAUCACCAUAUACAAGAAAUUCAAACAUGCCCCAGCAGAGCUCUUGUGUGUUGGGUCAAGUGUUGGAGUUCUUUUAGUACAUCACUGAGUCUGUUCUGCCUUGAACAAUCCAAUUUGCUUCACUGAAAAAUCUUUUGUUUUUCGGCAGCCUGGAGAGCUGCACACGUGAGAAGGUGAGAGGUACAAAGUAUUCCCUGAACGGACCAGUAAAGCAUCACAAUACCAAAAAUGAAAAGCCCACUCUACCUUUCUCACUUCAGUGAUUCUUCUACAGAUUUAGAGCCACGUCUGUGGCUCUGUUUUGCCCUAUGUCUCUCUUAAAUGAGUCACUACAACAGCCUGAUCUUGCUCUUUUUGGUUGCCAAGAGAGUUCACAUAUAAAUUUUGUACUGAAGAUGAACGCUUGCCCUGAGGUGCAGUGAAAAUCAUUCUCUUAAACAACCACUACUGAUAAGAAUCAGAGGGGCAAAGGUAAGGAAUUUGUUCAUCUGGUCACAUAUUUAUUUUAGACUGCUGAAGUAACCUGCGGUUUCCUGAGGAUAGCAAAAGGCUUUCAAACGCUGCAGACAUCUGAAGAAAAUAAGUUCUGCUUUUCCAAUCGUUGAAUUAACCAUGUUCCCUUUAUAAUGCAAUCCUACUAGACUGGAAGCAAAUGGAUAAUAUCUGCACUUAGUCUUUUAUAAAGGCAUUACAUUUGUUAUGUCCCCUCUCUUGCAGCUUAUCAGUUUACAGCAGGUUCAGCGCUCCAACUGUUCAGACAGCGUUCAGAAGAUGGAAAUGCAGGAGGGGGUGGAGGAGAGGCACUGUGAUUUCCAGGCAGCGUGUUUUAAUUUUGAUUUCUUUUCAUCAGUUGCAAGAAAAAAAACCAACGGACUGUUUGCAUAAUGCCUGCUUCUUUUGUUUCUAAAAAAUGUUAGGCCGGGAAGAUGAAGUGGUGAGUAAGGAAGAGGAGAGUUCUGUUUUGUUUGGUUAUUUAAUGCUUUUAUUGUUGUACCUAGAAAUAAAUCUAUUCUAAAUUGUG